AUGGAUUUCGUAAAAAGACACAUGGAUAUGGCAGCCUCGUCAUCAAUGGAUAUGUCGCAUAUGGCAUCAUCCACCAUGGACAUGGCAAUGGAGACAGGAAUGAAUAUGGCUAGCUCCAACUCUUCUUCUUCUUCCUCCCUGUCGUCAAUGAACAUGGGCUCACACAAGAUGGGAAUGCACAUGUGGUUCACCACCGAGUUUAAGGACUAUCCCGUUUUGUUCAAGACAUUGACUGCAUCCACAAAGGGAGAAGCGUUUGGUAUAUUUGUGCUCUUGUUUUUUGCUGCUUUCUUUUCAAGACUAUUGGAGUUUGUUAGAAACUACUUGGAGGAAGUUGUAUGGAAUAAUGACACAUACACCGAGUACGAGGCUGGAAUAGCUAACCACGCAGCAAGAGUCUCGAUGGAACCAACCAGAUCAUGUGCAGAUGACUCAAUUGACAAGGACUCAGGCAUACAGGAGAAUAUUGCACAUCCACAGAAUGUAAGUGGUGAUAAUGGUAAUGGUAAUGGUAAUGGUAAUGGUGCUGUUCACAACAACAACAGCAACAAUGGUAUCAGUAUGGCAAGCAAACUAGUAAGAGACGCAAUCAGAUUGGCUUUAUGUAUUGUUCCUGAUUUGUUUGGAUACACCUUGAUGUUGGCAGCUAUGACCUAUACGCUCACUUAUUUCUUUGCCGUGGUUAUUGGCUCCGGUGUGGGAAGAUUUGUUAGUGAACGUUUGAGCGAAAACUUUAGAAUCAAGCGUAAAAUCCCCGCUAGAGGAUGUGUCUGCUAA